AAGAGUCUCAUGUUGAUAUUCCCUCUGUCCUAGACCACUGAGAGAAAAGUAAAAGCAGAGUGUCUUGCAGAAAACAGUGUGUGUAGUAGGAAACCAUAUUAAUAAUUCACACAACCUCCAACCCCACCGACCACCACCACCCAUUUUCACCACUUUCCUCUGCUUCUUCCCCAGACCCUAGAAUUUUUUUUUUUGAAAAAAUGAAUCACCAGACAGGUUCAAUCCACAAACCCUAGAAAACCCACAGCAACAGACAAAAUCGGCAGGAGUUUCAGCUCAAACCUAGAUCGAGUAUGGCCACACUGUCCACUUCCAGGUACUUCACAGCCCUUUUUUUACUCAUUCUCUUCUUCAAAACCACAGCCUCAGACACAAACUCGACCUUUGCUUUCACAAACUUCGACAAAGAUUCGAACUUCGAGUCCACACUCACUCUAUAUGGCUCUGCCAAGGUUGUUAAUGGCGGUUCGUCCGUACAAAUUACUGGGUUUUCGAGUUUAAGCUCUGGGCGAGUCUUUUACAAGAAACCCAUCAAGCUAGUCGAAGGAAAUCCCAAAAAAAUGGUGUCUUUUUCGACUUUUUUCACUUUUUCGAUGUCUCCGGAGAGUGGAGAUGGUUUAGCUUUCGUUAUGGUUCCUGUUGGGUUUCCAUUGAAUGUGUUCGACAAUGGUUCAUCUGGGUUGUUGAGUGACAACAAAAUUAGGACUCUGGGUGUUGAAUUUGAUACAUUGAUGGAUGACAAGUAUGGCGAUUUGAAUGCCAAUCAUGUUGGUAUUGAUGUCAAUGGUUUCGUAUCUGUUAAAGUGAGCAAUGUUUCUUCAAUCAAUUUGGUGCUGAAUAGUGGUAAUAAAUUGCAAGCUUGGAUUGAUUACGAGGCGGGUUCGAAGCGAAUAGAGGUUAGGUUGAGUCAAUUGGGUGAAUUGAGGCCUGUUGAUCCAUUGCUUUCAUGCCCAAUUGACUUUUCACAAAUGUGGAAUGAAGAGGAGGUUUUCAUAGGGCUAAGCUCUUCAAAUGGGAAUUCUUCACAAAGAUGUAAUGUGUAUUCAUGGAGCUUCAAGCUCAGGACAGUUCCGAAUUGGCUGCAUUCGCAGCCUUUGGAUCCCGGGCCUUUCUCUAAGAAGACGAAAGCCCUAGCGGCUCCAAAGAGCCGCGAUUGUGUUUUGAGAGUUCUCGUAUUGCUGAUAUUUGGGGCUGCUUGUGGUGCAUUGGGAGCAAUCAUUGUGCUGGUUGUUUGGAGCAUAUUUGGGAACAGGCAGCAGGCUGUGGUGCAAGAGGGGUUUCCUUUGCCACCUCCACCGGUGGUGGUGGGAUUUGAGUAUGAAAAGCACUUUAAAGUGGUGUUAGAUAAAGCCAUCGAAGAUGGUAAGAAGUAGGUGGUGUUUAGUUUGGUAUGUUGUUGAUGUAAAUUCAUUUUCUUGUUGUAGUUGUGUGUUCUGUUUUUGGGGGGGUUUGUUUUGUUGCUGUAAUUUGAUGAUCAAUCAUCCAGUGUAGUAGUGUUAAAUAUUUUUUUCUCAAUGUCAUGAUCAUUGAGAUACAGCAUCAAAUUGGGCAAAUGGAAUAUGAAGUGGCUACAUUCUCGUGACCAA